AUGCAGACAACCACCUACAUUCCUCAAUCUCAGGCACUGAUAAUAGCAACAGAUCGCUCAGCCGCCCAGUCUCAGGUCUCUCGAAAACCAUACCGAGUCAACGGCAAGUUUGCGAAGCGACCCGCGACCCCCAGCAACGAUUCUCAGCCCAUCAUCAUGAGUGGUGACGCGUCUGACCCUUCAAUCUCAGCGGAGGAGUUCACAGAGCUUCGCUCCGAAGUGGCGGACCUCUCAGGAAAGGUCUCCAAUCUCAUGGAUCAGCUCACUGCAAUGUUUGGCUCCACGAGCUCGCCGCCGGCUCCCCCAGCUGUGAACUCCACCACCCCACCUCCUGCACAACAGACUGCUCAGCCUCCGGCCUCUUCCUCAUUGCAACCCGCCCCUCCCGGACCCACUAUGGCGCCUGCCACAUCGGCCGCGUUCCGUGGCUUCUCCCAAUCACCGUCCUGGGGCGCCCUUGGCGCACAAUCCCAAUCCAGCCCCUUUGGUACCGCGUCCGGCAUGCAAUUUGUGCCACCACUCCCGCCUCUGGACUCCCCAGCAGGUGCGCCGUCCUCCCUUCGAUCUCUUUUCCCCGAUGUCGAGCCGGCCGUCCUUGUACUUGUCAUUUCCCACGAGCUCAAGGCUCAGGACUUGUAUAAGCUGGAUGGACGCGUCAACGAGAUGGAGGCGACGUUCAGCCUCAAUGCCAAUGGCAUCUUCGAACGCAACGUGUCUGGACAUAAGCAGUACACGAGCCCUGCCACGGUCAUCCACCCCCUCCACACAUAUUUUGCGAUCCUCACAGCCCAUCUCGCAUCUGUACCUGCUGUCCCAGCAGCAGUUCGGACAUCCGCUCCCACGUACUUCUACCGGUACCUCGGCCACCUUACCUCCCUUGCGGCUGAGUACGAGUGGAAAGCAGUUCUGCGCUAUCACGAGCUCUUUUUCAAUCGCCGCCGCAAUGACAUGAUCGACGGGCUAUAUGCCAAUUGGGCCUAUCCGGAUGUCGGGCUCCUCAGCAUGCACGUGUAUCAGCACCGUCGCACUGCAUCUCCAGUCACAUCGGGAUCUGGCAACAAGACAGCACCAGCUAAGCGCAGCCCCCCUCCGACCGCGAACGCAUCUGAGGUCUGCCGGAACUUCAAUCUUGGGCAAUGCACUUCCCCGUGCCGGUUUGGGCGCUCCCACACGUGCUCAUCACCCGGAUGCGGGGCCAUCAGGAGAAUAAGAAGUUGCCGCUCAGCACCGCGGGUCAAUCUCGCCGACUUGGCGACUGUCACCAGCUCACACAAUGUACACCACCUUGAUCAAUCUGAGCUGUCCCUUCCGUUCGCAUGAGUAAAUACCAGCUUAUAUGGACUGGAGCAGGCCCCUCCCAGUCAAUCCAUACACUCGAGCUCAAUCAUUAUCGACAACGCGCUAUCA